AUUUCCAAAAGGAAAAGCCAAAGCCUUGGCAGGCUGUGCUGUUGAUGGACAGUCUGCAGGAGGAACCCAGGCAGACCUGUACUAGUGGAUGUCCCAGAUGUCCCUGAGCAGGGGCGUAAGCAGGGGCCCAGCUGCCUCUCCUGGUUUCAGACCCAGAUCAAGAUUGCCUUAUUCCGGAGUCGUGAGGAGUCUGGUAGUGUCACCUGGAUUCCAUCACCUGCGGUGCUGCCUCUAAGGGGCCCCCCUCCCCCCCACCUGACACGAUGAAACCGGGGACUAGGGGGUAGAAAAGAGAUCUCGUGAAGAGCCUGCUGCCCAUCCCAUCCUCUUCCAGGGAGGAGACAUAGCUGCAGGAGCCUGGCUUGAGCGGGCCAGAAACAGUUCAUUCCCUUGAGCUGGGAACCGAGUGUCGGGUUGUCAGAACGAUAAUGGGUUCUGGUGCUGUCUCCCAGGGUGAAUACCUGCUCUGGUGCAGGAAAUAAAGGAAGUGUGACCUGGGCCCCUAGGCCUGGAGAACUGGAGGCAGUCUGGGCACACUGGGGACACAGCGGGGGUGGGCAGGGGCCUCAAAGGCACUUGCUGAUCUUGGCUGCUGGGUGGAAAAUUGUAAACAGCCAAAGAAUGUUGUUUGCUUGCAUGAGGCCAGAGGAGGCUGCCCAGGUCCAUGGGGAGAGGCAGCUAGCCCAGGAGCAGGGCAAGUCCUCAUCCUAGAAGUCUCGAGUUCCUCUAGGCUCCCUCCUGAAUGCCCUAGUCUCUCCUACUGCCACUAGAUAGGCAGGCCAGGAACACUGGGUCCUGAGGCAAGGCCUCAUAGUAGACUCCUGGGAAGAUAAGUCACCCCUUAUCUCUGCCUGUGUCCCUUUAUCUCUGACUGGAUGACACCCAGGCAGUUUGUAGCAAAACUGCACAGCUGAAGUGCCCCAGCACCUGUGACAUGUAACCAAGGCUGGAGGCCUCCUGACCGCUGAGGCCCUGCUAUCAGCCUUGGGGAGACUGAGGCCAUAUCCAGCCCCUUUAAAGUGCUCCUAAGAGUGAAAACAGGGAGUGUUUUCCAGAACAGGCUACUGGACAAGACCCCGGGUACCUUCCAAUCUGGGCACCAAAGCCAAGUGUAGGGGUCUGUCCUGUGUGAAAGCUGUCUGCCUGACACCUGCAGGGGGUCUGUCCUGUGUGAAAGCCGUCUGCCUGACACCUGGCCCAGCAUUUGAGAAGCAGAGACAGGAGGAAGAGGAGUUGAAGGCCACCAUUUACUACACAGCAAGUUGGAAGUUAGCCCAGUCUUCAGGAGACCCUGUCUUCAAACGAAGAAAAAUAACCCUGCAGAACUCCCCUCGGGUACCUGACUCUGGGCUCAAUGGGCAGGGCAGUCUUCCCAGCUUGGAAGAGAAGCAGGAGUCCACCGCUAUCCACCUGCUCACAGUCUGCCCGAGCGCCAGCCAGGCUGGGCUCUCGGACUGGGCCCACACUCUCUCUCGGCUGAAGUGAGAUUUUCUGCAUUCUCCCCGCCCCUCUGCCUGGCUGUCAUCUCUGCUGCUGCUUCGGGCCAGACAGCUGAAGGUUUAGGAGGUCCAAGAGAGGUUCAGUUGGUAAGGAAGCAGCUGGGGCCCAGAAGAGGGGAGAGUGCCUUCCCUGACCUCUGACCCACCUAUCCCAGCCAGCUCCUGGGAGGGAACUCAUCCCUCAGCUGUGGAGGGACAGAUCCUGGGGCAGAGUCCAGGGCAGCUGAAGGCUCCUCCACACACGCCUGCUGAACCCUGAGCGCCCUGAGCUGCCGGCAUGGGGCGGGCUGAGGCCGCCGCCAUGAUCCCAGGCCUGGCUCUUCUCUGGGCAGUGGGGCUCGGGGACGCUGCCCCUAACCUUCCCCGCCUUCGCCUCUCCUUUCAAGAGUUACAGACCCAGCAUGGUAUCCGAACCUUCAGGCUGGAGCGAACCUGCUGUUAUGAAUCCUUGCUGGUGGAUGAGGAGCGUGGACGCCUGUUUGUUGGUGCGGAGAACCAUGUGGCUUCCCUCAGCCUGGAUAACAUCAGCAAGAGAGCCAAGAAGCUGGCCUGGCCGGCCCCCGUGGAAUGGCGAGAAGAGUGUAACUGGGCAGGGAAGGACAUUGGUACGGAGUGCAUGAACUUUGUGAAGCUGCUGCAUGCCUAUAACCACACCCACUUGCUGGCCUGUGGCACAGGGGCCUUCCAUCCAACCUGUGCAUUUGUGGAGGUGGGCCACCGGCUGGAGGAACCCAUGCUGCGACUGGACCUGAAGAAACUGGAGGAUGGCAAGGGAAAGAGUCCUUAUGACCCGAGGCAUCGGGCUGCCUCCGUGCUGGUGGGGGGAGAACUGUACUCAGGGGUGGCAGCAGACCUCAUGGGCCGGGACUUUACCAUCUUUCGCAGCCUGGGCCAGAAGCCGAGUCUCCGGACAGAACCCCAUGACUCCCGCUGGCUUAAUGAACCCAAGUUUGUCAAGGUCUUCUGGAUCCCAGAGAGUGAGAACCCUGACGACGAUAAAAUCUAUUUCUUUUUCCGUGAAUCUGCAGUGGAAGCAGCACCAGCAAUGGGACGCAUGACUGUGUCUCGUGUUGGCCAGAUCUGCAGGAAUGACCUGGGUGGCCAGCGCAGCUUGGUCAACAAAUGGACCACAUUUCUGAAGGCGAGGCUGGUGUGCUCAGUACCUGGAGUUGAGGGUGACACCCAUUUUGACCAACUUCAGGACGUGUUUCUUCUGUCCUCCCGGGACCGCCCGACGCCGCUUCUCUAUGCCGUCUUCUCCACCUCCAGUGGCGUCUUUCAGGGCUCUGCCGUCUGCGUGUACAGCAUGAAUGACGUGCGCCGAGCCUUCUUGGGACCCUUCGCUCACAAGGAGGGGCCUAUGCAUCAGUGGGUGUCCUACCAGGGCCGUGUCCCCUACCCACGACCUGGCAUGUGCCCCAGCAAGACGUUUGGCACCUUCGGUUCCACCAAGGACCUCCCAGAUGACGUUAUCCAGUUUGCUCGGAACCACCCUCUCAUGUACAACUCAGUCCUGCCUGUGGGGGGGCGCCCUCUCUUCCUCCAAGUGGGAGCUGGGUACACCUUCACCCAAAUCGCUGCAGACCGCGUGGCAGCUGCUGAUGGCCACUACGAUGUUCUCUUCAUUGGCACAGACGUGGGCACAGUGCUGAAAGUGAUCUCAGUCCCCAAGGGCAGCCGGCCUAACUCUGAGGGACUUCUCCUGGAAGAGCUGCAGGUGUUUGAGGACUCUGCCACCAUCACCAGCAUGCAAAUCUCCUCUAAAAGGCACCAGCUCUACAUAGGAUCACCGAGUGGGGUGGCCCAGAUUGCGUUGCACCGCUGCACUGCCCUAGGCCGCGCCUGCGCAGAAUGCUGCCUGGCCCGUGACCCUUACUGUGCUUGGGAUGGAUCGACCUGCACACGCUUCCAGCCUACUGCCAAGAGGAGAUUCCGGAGGCAAGACAUAAGGAAUGGUGACCCCAGCACUCUGUGCUCCGGGGAUUCCUCUCACCCUGCGCUGUUGGAGCGGAAGAUCUUAGGAGUGGAGAGUGGCAGCGUCUUUCUGGAGUGUGAGCCUCGCUCGCUACAGGCGCAUGUGCAGUGGACCUUCCAUCGUGCGGGGGAGGCGGCUCACACCCAGGUGCUGGCUGGUGAGAGGGCCGAGCCUUCUGCGCGGGGGCUGCUGCUGCGCGGUCUGAGGCGCCAGGACUCUGGCGUGUACCUGUGCGUCGCGGUGGAGCAAGGCUUUUCACAGCCACUGCGCCGCCUGGUGCUGCACGUGCUGAGUGCGGUACAGGCCGAACGGCUGGCGCGGGCUGAGGAGGCAGCAGCCCCCGCAGCACCAGGCCCUAAACUCUGGUACCGGGACUUUCUGCAACUGGUGGAGCCAGGCGGCAGCGGAGGGGCAAACUCCCUGCGAAUGUGCCACCCGCAGCCCGGACCCCACUCUGUGGCAACGGAAUCGCGUCGUAAGGGUCGCAACAGGCGGAUGCACGCCUCCGAGCUGCGUGCUGAGCGUGGGCCACGUAGUGCAGCACACUGGUGACUGGGUUGUCAUCACACCGGGGACCAGGCUGGAUGUGACACUCAGAAGAGGGGGCACACAGACAUGAGUUGUGGCUGGGGCACACUGAGGUCCUUGGACCAGUAGAAACACCUAACUCAUACAUAGGCCCUGACCAAAGGGUAGCCGAGCCAGCUUAUUUAUUAACAAGAUAACCCGCCAAUGUAGCCUCAGAAGCGUGGCCCAGGCUCAAUUCAGGAUCUAGCCUGGAGGGAGGGGACAGAGAAGUGGGGCUCUGGAGUAGACCAGGGCCCCGGAGCUGUCUUGGGUGCCUGCCCUGGGGGAAGCAUUCUCUUGGGCAGUGAGCAGGAAGCUGUAGCAGAUUAGACUGUGGGUUGGAGUGAGGCAGGGCACCUGUACUAAAGUAAUGCAAUAAACACAUUAUCAGAUGA